GAAAUCAUACAAAGAGUAGGAAAAUUGGCUAGAAUAAUCAACCUCAUUCAAUGAACUUGGUAGAAAAUAGUUCUUGUUGUGAAUUACUUUUGUUUUAUAUGCACCAUAUUUUAUUUCUACAGUUAAUUAUUAAUAAUUUACUUGACAAAAACAGGUUUCUUCUAAACCGGCGCAUGUUGUCUUCACCACAGAGGUUAGGAAAGUCUAACCUCAUUUAUUUAAAUUUAUCAACAUGGCCAAGUUGGGAAGUUUUUAUGGAUUGUGCCCCUUAAUUGAUGGAAAAAGCCUCCUUGGUAUUGCAGAUGAUGUAGAAACUGGGUCUGUUAUUGUUACAUUAGGAAAAAAUAUUUCUAUAAAGUAUAAGCUUUCAGAUCAAAAGCCACUAAUUAGUUGGAGAACUAAAGAGAAAUUUACCUCUCCCAUUGUAUAUGACAAAAAACAAGAAAAGUAUGUGGCUGUUUUUAAUCAACUUUACCUACGAGUCUGGAGUGGAAAUGAGGACAAUUUAGAUAAACUAAAGAAAAUCAAAUUUAAUGACAAAAUUGAGACAAUAAUUAAUGUUAAUGACAACAGUUAUAUCAUUUUUAAAAAUGGUGCUAUACAUGAAUUAAAUGAAAGUAUAGAUUUAAGAAAAACUUUAAUACCUGAGCCAGUAAUUAAAGAUACAGAAACCAUUGAAGAUGUAUUAUAUACUACACUUGGAGAUGAUGUGUACAUUGGUUUGUUGGUUGAUGAUAAAAAUGAAAAAUAUCUGUUAUGGACCAGAAAAAAUAUUAUAAAACAUAGAUAUAAAAUAGCACUACAAAGAGAUGGAUGCACAUUAACAGGAUAUACUCUCCAUGUGGACAAUUUCAUUGUAUAUUUAUUAACUGUGUGGUCUGACAGUAAGAUUAAUUCAUGCAGAUUGCAAGAAAGUAAUUUUGAUGUUGAUUCUCCAGGUGAAAUAUUUACAGUAAUUGAGUCAAUAUCAUGUAAACAACCAAUUACAAUGAAGUCCUUAAGUGAAAAUUACUUAGCUAUAUAUGGUCCAAAUAGCAAUGAAGAAGGUGCACUAUUGAUUAUCUAUAAUACACAGUUCAAAGUAACACAGACAAAACAGAAUUUUAAGAUGUUCACUGCAGAUGCAAAAAUGUAUUGCAUUGAUAACAAUAUAUUCCUUCCUGUUGGACAAAACUUGGCAGUAGUUCCAUUCAAACUUGAAACUGAACAACUAGCUGCUUUAGUAGGAAGUCAUAAAAUAAUGGAAGAUGUGGAUUCUGAUAUAUCUAUUUCUCACAAAAUAGAAAUAGCUCAGUGGAAAACUGAAGAUAAAAAGUCACAUCCUCUACCAGAUAAUUUAAGAAAUAAAGUCCAAGAUCUUAUAUUGCAAGGGUUACCAGAAAGUAUUAUUUGUGAACAAAUGUUACCAAGCUUAAUUGAAAAUAAUGAUAUUAAGACUUUAAAAUUAUGUCUGAAAAACUUUUAUGAUAUUCCUGAAAAAUGUUUAGCCAAAGUACUAAAAUAUAUUUUAAAUGUUGACAAGGACGUAUUCCACAACAUAAAAGGUGGAAACAAAAAGGCCUCUGGAAAUUUACAACCUUUGGCCAGAGUUGUUUUAUUAGAACAACUAUUUGAAAAAUCAUUUAGCUCAGUAGUUCUCCUUCCAUACAUCAGAAUUGAAUUGGAUACUGAAGAUUUAAUAACUUUGUUUUCAUAUUUUUGUGAUUCUUGUGCGUCAGGUGGAUGUAGGUUUCAAAACUCAAACAAUAUAUCAACAGAUGCGAAAUUCCUCGAAUGGAUGGAAGUAUUGUUUGAUUCCAGUUAUCAAAAGUUGAUGUUUUCAAAAGAUCCAAGAAUUAUUGAUUUGGUUGGUAAAAUGCAAGACACAAUUGAUCAACAGACUAAAGUGUUGGAUGAACUUGAUCAACUGGUAACUUUAUUAGUUGAAAUUAAAAAUGGAAGAUCGCCUGUGAAAUACCUUGAAAAUACACCAUAUAAAUAUGUCAUAGAGCAAUUAACUUUGCACCCAUUUUAAAUUCUCUUUUUAUCAGAAAUUUUAUUUUGUAAAAUAAUUGUUUUUGUAUACUAAAGUAAAUAAAUUGUUAGAAUAUUAAAA